GCGGCCGUACACUCCUAUAGGCGGCAGUCCGGACCGAAGUGGCAAGGUCUGAGCCUACCUACAUCCCUAGCUGCGGCGGGCUGAACAGGCGAUGGGCCGCUCGGGCUGGCUGCUGCUGUGGCUCGGAGCCGCGGGCACAAUUCUCUGCUCCAGCUCGGAAUCCCAGGGGCCUUUUCUGCCAUCCUCGCUCCUGCCGCUGCCAGCUCCAAGCCCCCGGGUCCCGAAUGUCACGGCCCCACUUACCGGCUCGGAGCCAGCCUCUCCCCUAAUUCAUCGAGGCACCCACGGGCCCUGGCGGUUCUCCACCUGCGGGGCCAGUGGUCCGCGCGGGCCCACACAAACACAGUGCGACGGGGCCUACGCCGGCAGCAGCGUGGUGGUGACAGUGGGGGCCGCCGGGCCUCUGAGAGGAGUGCAGUUGUGGCGGUCGCCCGGCCCCGGCCAGUACCUGAUCUCAGCCUACGGCGCGGCGGGCGGCACAGGCGCCAGAAACCACCUGUCGCGGGCGCACGGCGUCUUCAUCUCGGCCGUGUGCUCCCUUCGUGGUGGGGAGCCGCUUUACAUCCUCGUGGGACAGCAGGGAGAGGACGCCUGUCCGGGAGUAAGCCGAGCCUGCGGGAAGGGGGCGGUUCAAGCGCCCCAGGGUGAGGGCGCGGCGGAGGCAGGGGCUCUCCUUGGUGCAGAGACACCAGCCCUGCGAGGCGGGGGUCCCGCGCGCGCUGAGUCCGGCGCGCGGUGCCCGCAGGGGAGCCCGGAGAGCCGGCUCGUCUGCCUAGGAGAGUCUCGGGCCGCUGAGGAGCACGUGGCGACGGAUGGGACCGAAGAGGUCCCGGGGUCGCGGCGCUGGGCCGGAGGUGGCGGGGGUGGCGGGGGCGCCACCUACGUCUUUCGGCUGCGCGCCGGCGAGCUGGAGCCGCUGCUCGUGGCGGCCGGAGGAGGCGGGCGGGCCUACCUGAGGCGGCAGGACCGGGGCCGGACGCAGGCAGCCCCCGAGAAACUGGAGAACCGCUCGGCGGCGCCCGGGAGCAGCGGGAGAAGCGGGCCGGCAGGUGGAGGCGGCGGCUGGACGUCGCGGGCCCCCUCUCCGCAGGCCGGCCGCUCCCUGCGGGAGGGGGCCGAGGGCGGCCAGGGCUGCGCAGAGGCCUGGGCUACGCUGGGCUGGGCCGCGGCCGGAGGCUUCGGGGGCGGCGGCGGGGCCUGCACUGCGGGCGGCGGCGGCGGCGGCUACCGGGGGGGUGAUGCCUCAGAGACUGACAUCCUCUGGGCUGAUGGGGAAGAUGGGGUGUCCUACAUACACCCCAGCAAUGAGCUCUACCUGCAGCCUCUGGCAGUCACGGAGAACCACGGAGAGGUGGAGAUCCGCCAGCACUUCAACUGCAGUCACUGCCUUCUGAAAGACUGCCAAUGGCAGGGGGAGCUCCAGUGGGCCGAAUGCAUGUGCCCAGAGGGCAUGGAGCUGGCUGCAGAUAACAUCACCUGCAUGGACCUGCCCACCCCACCAGGCCCUCUGGUUCUGAUGGUGGCUGUGGUGGUGACCUUGACACUGAGCCUCCUUAUGGUGUGUGUGGUCCUGAUUCUGGUGAACCAUCAGAAGUGGCAGGGCCUAUGGGGGAUGAGGCUGCCAGGCCCUGAGCUCAUGGAGCUGAGCAAGCUUCGAACCUCCACCAUCAAGACAGCCCCCAACCCCUACUAUUGCCAGCUGGGGCUUGGCCCAGCCCAGUCCUGGCCUCUGCCCCCAGGGCUUACCGAAGUUUCCCCAGCCAAUGUCACUCUGUUCAGAGCCCUGGGCCAUGGUGCCUUUGGAGAAGUCUAUGAGGGACUGGUAACUGGCCUUCCUGGGGACCCCAACCCCCUGCAGGUGGCUAUCAAGACUCUGCCAGAACUCUGCUCUCCUCAGGACGAGCUGGAUUUCCUCAUGGAGGCACUCAUCAUCAGCAAGUUCAGCCAUCAGAACAUUGUGCGCUGUGUGGGGCUCAGCCUCCGGGCUGCCCCUCGCCUAAUUCUGCUGGAGCUGAUGUCUGGAGGGGACAUGAAGAGUUUCCUGAGGCGCAGUCGGCCGCACCUGGACCAGCCGUCACCUCUGGCCAUGCAGGAUCUGCUCCAGCUGGCCCAGGACAUAGCCCAGGGCUGCCACUACCUGGAAGAAAAUCACUUCAUCCACAGGGACAUUGCUGCCCGGAACUGCCUACUGAGCUGCACAGGACACGGUCGAGUGGCCAAGAUUGGGGACUUUGGGAUGGCAAGAGAUAUCUAUAGAGCCAGUUAUUACCGAAAGGGGGGCCGGGCUCUGCUGCCUGUCAAGUGGAUGCCCCCAGAGGCCUUCCUGGAGGGCAUCUUCACAUCCAAGACGGACUCCUGGUCUUUUGGGGUGCUGCUCUGGGAGAUCUUCUCACUGGGCUACAUGCCCUACCCUGGGCGCACCAACCAGGAAGUGUUGGACUUCGUUGUCGGAGGGGGACGGAUGGACCCUCCCAGGGGCUGUCCAGGGCCUGUGUACCGUAUCAUGACCCAGUGUUGGCAGCACCAGCCUGAGCUCCGCCCCAGUUUUGCCAGCAUCCUGGAGCGCCUUCAGUACUGCACUCAGGACCCUGAUGUGCUGAAUUCACCCCUGCCAAUGGAGCUUGGGCCCACCCUGGAGGAGGAAGGAGCUUCUGGACUGGGGAGCAGGUCUUUGGAGGGCUUACGAUCCCCACAGACCCAGGAACUGAGUCUGGAGAGCUUGAAGAGCUGGGGAGGGAGCCUCCUUGGCCCCAGGCUGCCCUCUGGCCUCAAGCCCUCCAAAAUCAGGGGCCUCCAACUACAGAACCUUUGGAAUCCCACCUAUGGCUCCUGGGCCCCAAGGGGCCCUGAGGGUGAGGACUCGGGCAUUGACGGUAGCAACAGUUCCUCUCUGCACUCCUCAGGCUUCUAGGUGGCUUGUUAUUUCAGUAGCCUCUGUCCCCUGCAGUCUGUGCUGCAUGUCUGGGCCUGUCUCAGGGCUGGCCUGGCACCACUGGAAUCUUCAUCCUGGUAACCAGCCCCAGGCCUCCUGCCGAAGAGCUUGGCCACCCCCAGACUUUGAUCUUGGUGACUAGAGGCCACCCCC